UCGUAAGUUGCAUAAAUCUUGUUAUAUCCCUUAGUUUUGUAAACAGGAAAGAAUAUAUUUUUCUUAUUUUAUUUCGAAGGUCGUAAUAAGACAAUUCUUACGAAUAAGAAAUUUUACUUAGAAUAGAUAUUAAUCUAUGUAACAUAAAUUUGUGUAAUCGUAAAAUAAUCACGAGCUAAUCGAUAAACUGGCAAGGUCAAAAUUCAAAAUUUUCCCGCCGUUCUGACGUUAAUCAAUCGCGAUGCGAGAUCGGCAUUGUCGACUGUUGACGGGGCCAGUGCGGCUGCAGCAGCAGGUGCAUUACGGAGUGAGAGGUGCAUCGACUUCGAAGCCUAUAUGUCGAGGCUGGCGAGUCUUCUCGUGAGUUCAAAAUAACGGAGACUCUCCCAACGAACACCUGUUCCUACCUCUCGCGCGAUGUCGUCUGCUGCCCUCGUCGUUCUCGGAGCAUCGAGGAUCGCGCGUCACGGUUAGAGCGAUCUAGUGUCAUUCUCGCGUUCUGCCAAUCUCUCCCACAUAUUAUCUCUCUGUCGCGUGUACGUCUGCACGCUCGGAUGUGACUAUAACGUAGGCACAGGCGACAAAACGGCUCGGCCCUCGGCUGGUGCGAUACGUCAGUGUAAGAUGGAUCCAAGGGGCCCUCCUGAGGGGGCCCCUGCCGAGUCCUUCGAGAUAUCCAGCAUCGACAGAGGGGCUGAUACCUCAGUGAAUUGGCCUACGGAUCACCCUUUCGCCUCAUCCCUGUGCGAACAAUCGAAGAAGCUGAACAAUAGACUUCUAUUCUUGACCGUGGAAUAUGUGGAGGAUCAGUCCCGUCUAUUUCCCACAUAUGAGCAGAUCUCCUUUUCCCCAAGGGCAGCCUCCCCUCUGUCCGAUUUUGAACAUCGAGUCAGCCCAUUGGAUCCAAAUAUGAGCUCUGCUGCUAGAUACUCUCCUACACCGGUCCAACUACCUUCUUCUCCGUUCCAUAACUCUGUUGUUGUACUUCAAGGUCCAUCCUCCCCUUUGAUGUCUCAGCCAGAGUCAAAUAUACGGACGAGCAUCAAUUACGUGACUCAGCUGGCUCAUCCAAUUGACCCUCAGACUGUACCUCAAACAGAUGCUACCACAGAUUUUGUUGGCAAUGGAAAUGAAGAUGGAUUAGUUUCCAGUGUCAGCAGCGAAUUGAUUUUAAUGCAAGAAACUCCACCUGAGCUGGAACCUUCGACAACUCCGUUGAUGCUAGCAGGAAUACCAGGCACAGACUUUACUCUGACUAGAGAUUUCUUGGUGAUGCAGGAUGACCAAAUAAAUGUCAUCAACUCGUUUAAAAAUCAGAAUAUGGAGAUGGAAGACAAUCCAAUCACUUUACCAUCCAUUACAGAAGAUGCAAACAAAGAGAACAACAAUCUUGUUAUGUUAGAAUGUGAUAAAGAAAUUCAACAAAUUACUAAAGAACCAUUGUCCACUGAGAAGAAGAAAACAAUUGAGAAGAAAGAUGUAAGGAGAUCCAAACGACUUAUAACAGAUAAAAAAGAUUUCUGGUGCGACGAUGAGUAUGACAGUAAUUGCACCAAAGACGACACUUCUAAUUUGACCGAUGUAUGCGCAAUUGCAGAUCAACCUGUACCAUCACGAGCUGUAGCAACACUGCCAGGAUCAUAUCUUUUAUUAAACAAAUUAUCUACUUCGCAUGCUGCAGCAAACAGUAUGACUUAUGGAAUUUUCGCGAAACGAAAUAUUCGGAAACGUACACAAUUUGGGCCCAUUGAAGGUGUUCUGUGCACUUACGAUGGUUCACCUUUCGAAAAUGCUUUGCCGUUGCUUUACGAAACUGAGAAUGGAGAGUUUUUGAAAGUAGAUGUUUCCAAUGAAAACACUUCAAACUGGAUGCGUUUUGUGCGACCCGCACUGACGUAUAAGGAGCAAAAUUUGAUCAUUUGUCAGCAGAAAGAUGGAAUAGUAUUUCUGACCAAUAGAAACAUCUCGCCAAAGGAAGAAUUAAAGGCAGGUCCAAGUCCAGACUAUGCAAAUCGCAGAAAUUUGCCAAUACUUAAACCAGAUGUAAAAGAUGAAAAAGACACAAAUCAAAUUCCCACAUGGCCACGUUUAGAUGGUAAUUCUUAUAAUCGACGCGUAAAGAUGUUUCGCGAUAGAAAUAUGAAAGAAAAGGAGAACUCACGGCAGAACAAGUGCGACACAGAAUGGAAAUGUUCCGUAUGCAAUAUGAUUUUCAGGAAGCCAUCUCUACUUAACUUGCACACAGGCGUUCAUUUUUCUAAUGAUAUCAAAGUUGAGAAUCAAAUAUCCACAUGUCCGCAGUGUGGAUUAGAAUUCCAGAAACAAAGCGAAUUGGUCAAUCAUGUGUCUCAACAUGGACGAUUGGCAUUACCUAAAGCAAAGAGAUUAACUUCUCUAGGUACAUACAAGUGUUCAAUGUGUUACAAACGUUUUGCUACGAAAAUACGGUUACAACAGCACUGUUUGGCGCAUGGUGCUGAGGACCAAAAACCACUGCCAUGCAGUAUCUGCUUGAAACGAUUUAUGAAUAAUUCCGCGUUAUCCGGUCAUCUGAAAACGCAUAAAGAAAACAAACAAGUCUUCGAAUGUCCGAUGUGCAGACAGCUAUUUCGCCAAGGUACAAUGUUGAAGGAUCACGUUGAGACACAUAGAAAUCAAGAUGGUAUAUUCAGUUGCCCUCACUGCCAGCGAACAUUCAUCAAGUAUUCAGUCAUUCGCAAACACAUCCGAGGUCAUCAUUGCGAAAGAAAGCAUAAAUGUCAGCAUUGUGCAAAACGUUUUCCAACCGUCGACAAAUUGCGAAUGCAUCUGUUGAAGCAUUCCGAUCAUAGAGAAUUUCAUUGCGCAAAUUGCGGUAAACGAUUUAAAAGGAAGGAUAAACUGAAGGAACAUAUGACUAAGAUGCACGAUUCCCAAACAGUUAAUGGAGAACAAAUGACUCAAAACAACCAGACGAAGAAAUUUGUGCCAAAGGUGAAUCCAAAUGAUUACAACCGCUUUAUUUACAAAUGCCAUCAAUGUCUGGUGGGUUUCAAGCGAAGGGGAAUGUUAGUGAACCAUUUGGCGAAGCGGCAUCCUGAUGUCGCUCCUGAAUCUGUGCCAGAAUUGAACUUGCCUAUCCUGCGACAGACCAGAGACUACUAUUGUCAAUAUUGUGACAAGGUUUACAAAAGCAGCAGCAAGCGUAAAGCACAUAUCAUGAAGAAUCAUCCCGGCGCGGCCUUGCCACCUAGCAAUCGUCAAAAGGAGUCCGAAUUCUCGGGACUGCCCAAUCCAAGUUUCAGUCAAACAGUGGGCAGUAUCACAACUAGUCCUCAAGGUUGUCAGUGGUGCCAUAAACAGUAUGCCAGCAAGGCAAAACUCUUGCAACAUCAACGCAAGAAACACGCGCAUCUGAUGGAACCGGCGGAUCAAAUACCGCGAUCGCGAAAUCGACCACCGCAAAAUCAAAAUCAACCACCCGCACUGAACGAUAACAACUUUGUGAUAUCCGAUUAUAUACAAGGAUGCGAUGGGGAUUUCUUGAAGCAGAAAAUAAUCAAAAUAACGAAUGACGUUGAUUUGAUAGGCAACGGAGGUCUGGAAAUGAUCGGUCAACAGUUUGUGCGUAUGCGCGACAUACGUUGAGGAAAAGCGUGACAUCCUCGACACGGAGGAUGAGCGUCGUCAAUUUAUCGAGAUAUGAAUCUCGCGAUCUUUGUACGCAGCUGAGAUAGGUUGCGUUUUUUUGCUGCCGUUACCAAAUCGAGGCGACGUCGCCUGGACGAAGCGACGUAGCGUAUCGCCCGAGAAUAUUUGGGAAUAUGCGGCUUUGUCAGCGUCAGUGCGAAACACUGAGCGCUGUUUUGUUGGUUGUACACGUUGGUCGAACGACAACGACGGUUACCGAUGAUAACUAGUGACUUCGACAAAUUUGUUGGAAAUGGAGCACGCAGUUUUAAGAAAACUUUGUUCGAGUCUCGAAACGUAAAAGAGAAACGCCUAAAAACGUUAACUGAAAACCAGCGAGACUCGAAUCUACUUGCGACGGAGAACAUUGUAGUCCCGUACAAUUGUUGAGAUCUUUUCUUGACGUAUUAAGAAUACCGUAAAGAGAAAAAGAAAAAAAAGGUAGAGCAAGUCGUGAUACUAUCGGCACGUCCUUUGCGCUAGACCUGGUAGUUUUACUUUUAAAAUCUAUACCAAGCUUGAAAUCUGAUAUCAUUCGAGUGUGAAGUAGAUGGACGAAAUUUAAGCAACAAGUUUAAAGCGAUGUUUAAAGAAAAAUCCGACUUAAAUCUGGCGAUGAACGAGUUUGCUGCAUCUUAGAUCAGCGCGACUUUUUCUGUACGAUGGUAAUUGAACGUGUAAUGUUAAAGAUCAUUAUCGCAACGUAUUUGACUUCACUUAACGACGAGCGAUUGUCCGUAGAUUACGUGAAAGCUUACGAUCUUUGCAAGAAAUCGUCCAUUUCACUUUUGCUCUUUCUCUAUCUCUCUAAUUCCAAAUCUAAAUGCUUGCGUCCACGUUCUCAUUUUAGAAUAAUGUACAAGUAACAUGCGCCCUUAGAUCUUCAACGGAACAUACUGUUUUCACGUAAUCGUUUCGUAAUCGCUGGUCUCAUCCACAUAUGAAUCUAGUCAUCACAGCCGAGAGUUCAUUCGAAUCGUCGGCUCGAGAUGUCCGGUUUAAAUUGACGCACGGUACCGUAGUUACGUAGUCAGGAGGACUUUUGCCCUCACGAAUUUUACGAACAGCAGGAGUAACGUACGUGUAUUUUAAGCUGUGUAUUCCUGGCCGCGCGUCACUCGCACAUAAGCGCGCGUACACCAAGAGUCUCCGCAAAGAUUGUGUCCAAGAUUGUGUAUUCCGCAAACGUUUGAAUUCGGAUAAUUGUGUCCUCUCGUAAUCCGGUCGGUGUAUGUCGUAAGUAAAAUCCGCACGAACGAUUUUCACACUCGGAAAAACUUAUCGACGAAACGACGACAACGUUGAAUUUAUUUUACACGCGGUAUAUACACGGCAUACAUUAUCGCAAUUAUGAAGGCAGAAGAUUGUAUGUUUGUCGAUGUCGUUGAGUACAUGGAGGACUGUACUGUGUAAACAUGACUUAAAUAAAGUUAUUCGAUGAGCGAUA